AUGGGUAUAGAACAUUUAAAAGACAAAGGAUAUGUUGAGAUGACCAUUAUGGCCCCAGAGAGAUCGAGAGAGAUUUCAGGGCUUGUUACAAAGGGAGGGGGCACUUAUUUGGAAGCUAUGAACAUAGGAGGAAGCAGUAGCUAUGCAGGAUCAAAAGAUUUGUAUAACGAGUGUCAGUCUUGUUUUAAAGCUAUAGUAAAUAAGAGUGAGUUACUAGGUGAUGAUAAAAGUGUUGGUACUGGUUGCAUGGCCUACUUAAAUAUGAAGAUACUGAGAGGAAUUUUUCUUACGGGGGUUACUGAAGGUUUUGCUAUGGCUGAUAAAUGUAACAUUCCACUGGAACACUUUAGUCGUUUUUUUGAAAUUACAGGCUUGUCUAAUAAUUAUUUAAAAGGCAAGAUAAAAAUGAUAUUGAAUGGCAACUUUGAGACACAAGAACCGCUGCAUAGGCUACAAAAGGAUUUAGCAUUGGGACUGGAGAUCUCAAACAACUACAGACAGCCCAUGCCUUUAGCUUCAAACGUCAACGAAAUAUUAAAGCAUGCUCGAAGGCUAGGCUACGAUAACCAGGAUGCUUGUUGUAUAUAUAAUCGUACAAGAUAUUGAAAUAUAUGAAGAUUUCGAAUAUUGACACAUUGAGUUCCGCUCAAUAACGGAAUUUAAGCGACGUUAGGUGAUACUAGGGUUUGGACGGGUGGCGCUCUACAAAACCAGUCGCGCCGAAUAUGGCGGUUCGGAAUAAGUGUAAGCAAAGUAGAUCCAGAUCCACACAUCCAGAUUACCCAUGGCAACUAAAAAGAGACAUUAAAAAUUAUUUAUUUGAUUUAUUUUCUUUGCCAGUUAUAUUUAAGUUGACUCAAGUUUUGUGUAUGUUUUAUUAUUAAACAGUUAAAUAAUUAUAUGUAAUAAUUGUUUAAGAGUAAUUUUUUCUCAGUAAAAAUAAGUACCACGAAA